AUGUGUCAAAUUGGGUGCUAUAUCGAGUUCCGUAGUCUUAAAGGUAUCAACGGGCUGUUAGUCACUAUUCUGGCGCUGUCUGACUACCCUUUGCAUCGCUUCAAUAUCAAUCUGACCUUCUUCUGCAUCUUUGUAACGAAAUAUGAAUACAGGUGCAAAAAAUGUGCGCAAUGUCCUAUCUGCACGAGCGAGCUGACGAUUAAAUCUCUGGACAUGUCUAACCCAACACCCACGGCCACACAACCCCACACCCAAGAUGUCUCGAAAGAACCGGUACCGAAUACCGGGACACAAAAGCGAUAUUUCCACAACUGUAGUGCCUGUCAGUGGUCAUCGCUCGAAGUAGGGCUAGAGGCAGAGAGUGUGGAAGCGCUGAGAAGUUUGUUGAUGGAACGGGAAAAAGCUAUGGAGGGAUUGAGUCAUGGGUUCAAUGUGCUGAGCGCACACUAUAGGCAGUUGGCGGACAGGAGUGAGAAGGAAAAUAUCCGCUUCAAGUCCAAAGCGAGGACCAACUUUAAACGGCAAUCUGAUCUCACGAGCUUACCCCCGAGUAUAAAGCAAGUGCUGGAGAGCUUUACAUCGGAUAUCCCACCAGGGCGGAAUGUUCCCGAGGAUGUAGUGGCGAUUAUGUCAGAAGACUCGAAAAAGCUACUAGCUAAGCCUAUAUGCACGAUGAAGCACAGACAGAAAGACUAUGAACUCACGCCCAAAGAAGAGGAAGAAUUCGCCGCCGCGCUCCAGAACGCCUAUUUGCAGCGCGAAUCGCUCCCAAUGUCGCAAAAAUCCGCGCCAGAUGUAUCAAACUCACACCAUGAGGAUAUAGAUAUGGAAUCGACUACUAGCAUAGACACUCCGCUGGACUUUGUUUCCGAACUUCGGGAAGCGUUUGCGGUGGAACAGGCGGGAAGGCAAGUCAGAGAUCCUGAGAAAAAAAUGGUUACAUUUUGCGCGUAUGGAAGUGACGUUAUCUUGCCGGCGCGGACGCCGCUAUGUGCCAAGAUGAACAGACGGUGUAGGAAGUGUGAUAUGAUGCUGAUCCGCCCCGAACGCCAGCCAGCACAAUGUACGUUCCAACUGGCCCUAACUGGUUACGCACAGGUCCCACUUGUGCGCGAAUUGCACACACAAGCAACUACACAUAAAGCGGGAGACACAUCCCACACCGAAACACAACCACGGACACAAGGCACAGGCUUACAGGAGCUUGCCAAUCAGACACAACAAGAAAUGGGCGGGAGGGCUCGCGUGCUCGAGAUAUGCAAUCCGCUGCUGAAAAACGUGGAGAUCAGUAUCUCUGGCACGGUUGUGGGCAGCUCAGAUAGAACCGUGAGUGGUCUACCGAGCACUCCCUUUACACUGACGCCAAGAGAUGAUGUGGCACACCUCCUGAGUCAAAAGACGGGCGCUGCGAGUGAGCCUGGACACAAAACCACCCUGACCGUGAGCACAGCAAGCCCAAGUGACGCCAUACUGCUGUCCGUGCUCUGCAGCAGUGACGGUCAGAGUAUACACCUGAAAGUACGUAUUCAAUAAAGUUGGGAACGUAUAUCAUGUC